CAGGGAGAGAGAAGGGGCCAGGGUAUAAAAAGGGCCCGCAAGAGACCAGCUCCAGGAUCCCAAGGCCCAACAUACCCAACCACUCACGGUCCUGUGGACAGCUCACCUAGCUGCAAUGGCUGCAGGCUCCCGGAUGUCCCUGCUCCUGGCUUUUGCCCUGCUCUGCCUGCCCUGGCUUCACCAGGCUGGUGCCGUCCAAACCGUUCCGUUAGCCAGGCUUUUUGACCAUGCUAUGCUUCAAGCCCAUCACGCGCACCAACUGGCCAUUGACACCUACCAGGAGUUUGAAGAAGCCUAUAUUCCAAAGGAACAGAAGCAUUCAUUCCUGCAUGACUCCCAGACCUCCUGCUCCUCAGACUCUAUUCCAACACCCUCCAACAUGGAGGAAACACAGCAGAAAUCCAACUCAGAGCUGCUCCGCAUCUCCCUGCUGCUCAUCGAGUCGUGGCUGGAGCCCGUGCGGUUCCUCAGGAGUAUCUUCGCCAACGACCUGGUGUAUGACACCUCGGACAGCAAUGACUAUGACCUCCUAAAGGACCUAGAAGAAGGCAUCCAAACGCUGAUGGGGGUGAGGGCGGUGCCAGGGGUCCCCAAUCCUGGAACCCCACUGGCUUGGAGGGCUGGGGGAGAGAAACACUGCUGCCCUCUUUCUAGCAGUCAGGCGCUGACCCAAGAGAACUCACCUUAUUCUUCAUUUCCCCUGGCGAAUCCUCCAGGCCUUUCUCUACACCCUGAACGGGAGGGAGGAAAAUGGAUGAAUGAGAGAGGGAGGGAACAGUGCCCAAGCGCUUGGCCUCUCCUUCUCUUCCUUCACUUUGCAGAGGCUGGAAGACGGCAGCCCCCAGACUGGGCAGACCCUCAAGCAGACCUACAGCAAGUUUGACACAAACUCGCACAACCAUGACGCACUGCUCAAGAACUACGGGCUGCUCCACUGCUUCAGGAAGGACAUGGACAAGGUCGAGACAUUCCUGCGCAUCGUGCAGUGCCGCUCUGUGGAGGGCAGCUGUGGCUUCUAGGUGCCCGCGUGGCAUCCUGUGACCCCUCCCCAGUGCCUUUCCUGGCCCCGGAAGGUGCCACUCCAGUGCCCACCAGCCUUGUCCUAAUAAAAUUAAGUUGCAUCAUUUC